UUAUUUCUACGCAUGCGCAUAGUGUGUAGAAAAGUUUGUUAUUAAUUUUAAGAAAGCGCAAAAGGUUAUGUUAUCUUCGAAUUAUAUUACAUCAACUUAUUCGAAUUACAUCGUAUUAUAUCGACAUGAUAUAAUUUUUAUUUUAUUUAGAAUUUUAAUUUGUACAACAUUAUAUAAUAAUUUUUAUAAAAUGAGUAAAAAAUUAAAGUUAAAUGAUGCACUUAUAACAUCAAGAUCUUUACGAUCAGAAAAUAAAGAUCAUAAUAAAGAUAUAUCGACAACAUCAAAAUAUUUUAAUGAUAAAGUUGUUUCACUAAAAAAAGUUGAAAAAAAAAAACGUACUCCAGUAAAAAUUAAAUAUGAAGAAAUGAAAAAUAUAAGUGAUUCAAAAAUCAAUAAAAUUGAAAAUUUACAAGAGGAUACUAUGAAAGAAGAAAUAAAUAUAAUAGAUAAAUGGGAACCAUCAAAUUGGGAAACUAUUGUAGAGAAUAUUAAAGAAAUGCGGAAAUACAAAACAGCACCUGUAGAUGAAAUGGGUUGUCACAAAUGUACAGAUCCUAAAGCUACUGCUAAAGUUGCUAGAUAUCAAUCAUUACUUGCAUUGAUGCUUAGUAGUCAAACUAAAGAUCAAGUAACUCAUGCAGCUAUGCAGAGAUUGAUUACUUAUGGUUGUACCCCAGAAAUAAUAGCAGGUACUCCUGAUGAUACUCUCGGAAAACUUAUAUAUCCGGUUGGAUUUUGGAAGAGAAAAGUAGAAUACAUUAAAAAAACAACAAAUAUUUUAAUUGAUAAAUAUGAUAGUGAUAUUCCUAAAACAUUAAAGGAAUUAUGUCAAUUAUCAGGAGUGGGACCAAAAAUGGCUCAUAUAUGUAUGCAAAUAGCAUGGGGUGAAGUUUCUGGUAUUGGAGUAGACACACAUGUACAUCGUAUUUGUAAUAGAUUGGGAUGGGUAAAAAAACCAACUAAAACACCAGAAGAUACAAGAAUUGCAGUGGAAGAAUGGCUUCCAAAAAAUCUUUGGAGUGAGAUAAAUUAUUUACUUGUUGGAUUUGGUCAAGAAAUAUGUUUACCAAGAUUUCCUAAAUGUGAUGAAUGCCUAAAUAAAGAUAUAUGUCCAUUUACAAAAAAUACAAAAAAUGGUAUGAAAAAAAAGAUAUAAUACUAUAAAACUGUUUAUUAUGCUAUUAUAAUAUUUAAAAAGAAAAUUUUGAAAAACCUAA